AUGAAACCGCCGACCUUCUUGGGUGGCAUUGAACCAUUGAAGACAGAAACCUGGUUAUUAGAAAUGGAAGAGUUAUUUGAAGUGUUCUCUUGUUCUGCAACUCAAAAAGUACUUUUGGCUACUUAUACCCUAAAGGAUGAAGCCCGAAGAUGGGACCGAAAAGUUUCUGAAUUCCAAGAACUUAAGCAAGGGAAAAUGUCCGUAGCUGAGUACGAGUCUAAGUUCACCGAGUUGGCCAAAUUUGCUCCUCACAUGGUGGACAUAGAUUAUAAGAAAGCACGAAAGUUCGAGAGAGGGCUAGACUUGGAAAUAUUUGAUCGAGUAGGCGUCUUGAAAUUGCCUACUUAUGUGGAAGUGCUUAAUAGCGCAUUGAUGGCAGAAGCCAUUUUGGUAGCAAAGAAACAAGCUCUUGCCCUAACAACUAAAUGGAAGGGAAAAAGAUCUGGAAUCACUUUCAAAAAAGGUCAUUCAUUUGCUUUAAAUAAGAAACAAAAUACGGGAUCUUCUAGCAGCUCAAGUCAAAGCAGUGGGUCUCAGUGUGGGAGGAGACAUAGAGGAGUUUGCCAUUGGGUAUCUGGUGUUUGUUUCCAGUGUGGCAAGACGGGACACAUGAUAAGAGAUUGUCCAAUUAGGUUAGAGAAUGGCAACCAUCCUGUAGUAAAUUCAGCAGUAUCUGCUUCUAGAUCAAGAACAAAUGUUAGAACUAAUAUGGGAAGAGAAGCCUUGAGAUAG